AUGGGUGACAGCAUGUAUUCCUCGAUGAGACUGAUCAGUAUUGGAGGCAGCUUUGCCUUGUCAGGCCUCUUUUAUCACUUGUACACGAAGAAAUUAGGAGAAUUACAGAAGCUUAAGGAAAUCCCUAGGGUUGAACUAAAUGAAGACUUGAUUAAAACAUUAGACUCAUCACAUCAAAAAUGCCUCCAGUAUGUGGCACUUGAAGGUAUUGUAAAGCCAGAUGGGGAAUCUCUGGCCAGCCAGUUUGUCCCAAGAUGCUUUGGGGUAAUCCAAAGGAUAAUUAUUCAAGAGUACAGGAGGGCAUUAAACAUGAUAACAUACAUCUGGGACUCCAAAAAACAGAACCGCAAGGAGGUGAUCCACACAGUGCCAUUCAGUCUUGUUCCUGUGUCUGGUUACGACCCUGGGAUAUCAGUGCAUGUAGAUUCCCCACUGAGUGCUUCAGUCCUCUCCUUGGAGCCAGUAUACUGUUACAUCCGAAAGGCUAAGAUGGCUUUCACAGAUUAUUUUGUGCUGGAGUUGAAUGGACAGAAGCCAUGGUGGCUUGAAGAGAAAGAAGAAAUGCUUAAGGUGGGGAGCACCCUAACCGGUUUUGGGGAACUCAUAUUGGAUUCCAAUCGAAUGCUGAGGCUUCGUCCACCACAAGAUGGACAGAAAUACCUGCUCAUCAUCUCUGAUUACAGGUCCUAUUUGCAGCAUCAGGAGUCCUCAGUGACUGUAUGGAAGGUGCUCACUGGAGUCUUUGGCCUGCUGGGGGUAGCACUCCUCCUCCUAAAUAUUUACAGAAGAUGCAGGAGACGGCGAGGUAAUAGCAUUGGGAAGCGUCACACAAUUGAGGAAACGUGGAGAAGGUGA